AUGGUGAACAUCGCCAUUGCCGGAGGAACUGGCGGCGUUGGGCGUAGCAUUGUGGAUGCACUCAGAAAUGAUCCGAGACACUCCACCAUCAUCCUCUCUCGUACGGAAGCGGCAGAAGAUAAAGCUGGAGUCCCUGUUGUGGCAGUUGAUUACGACGACAGAACGUCCCUGCAGACGACCUUGGAAACCCACGAGAUCCACACCGUGAUAUCAGCUCUAGCCCUCCACAUCAUUGGGGUUGGCCAGGCUCAAAUCAACCUCAUUCAAGCAGCCGACAAGAGCAAUUACGUCGCCAAAUUCGUCGUGGAAGCUCUCGACCUAGCCACAUGGGAGCACGACACAUAUCUCAUUGGCGACGAAAUGACCUGGGAAGAAUUCAUUGCAAUUGCCGAAGAGGCUCGUGGAGGGAAGAAGUUCCAUGUCACAUACGAUAGCGUUCAGAAGCUCCAAUCUGGCGAGAUCACGGAGCUGCCAGGCCAGGUUGCUGCAUACUCGUACUUCCCGAAACAGUGGGCUCAACAGCUAUUCUCCACCUUUGGUUUCUGGGUCACUGAAGGUCUCUUCGAUUUCCCAAAGGACAGGGCCUUGAAUCAGUCCUCCGCCUCGGGCCCCGCGUCCAACGGUCGAAUGUAA